AUGACCGACAGUCCCAUCCUCCAGCUCGCAGAGACGAUCCAGACGGCUUCUAUCAACACGAAUCCCUCGCCCGCCCACGAUGCCAACCCAUCGACUGCCGCCUCGGUCAAGCAGCCCGUGCGCCUCGACGACGAGCCCGACCUCGACCAUCUGCCAGACCACGUCGAUGAGGACGAGAUCCCUGUCUCUGUCCUGAGACCCACUCCGCGCAGCAAGCAGUUUCCUCCUCUCCCGGACCUGCGCUUUGAACAGAGCUAUCUCGCCAGCAUUCAGGACGCGACUUCUUGGCAGAAGGUCGCCUGGAUCACCUUCAGAGACCAAUUGUUCAUGCCUUUGACCCAAGGUCUGCUCUGGACCUUGGUCGUCGCUGGCUGGAGACACUGGAACACGGUGCACAACACCUCAUCCAAGUUCUCUGGCUCCAGUAUCGGCGCUCGUCUGCGACGGUGGUGGUGGCAGACCAAUAAUUGGUCAAUUCCAACUCAUUCCAAGUCAUCCUUGCGCGACAAAAGGCUUGCUGGCCAAGUUCAAGAGUUCUAUCAAGCAGAGUUCAGCGCAGGAGCCGACUGA